AGCUCACUCAACUCUCAAUUCACAGUUGGCGCUGAGCACUGUUCUCAUCUUCUUCCAUCUUUACACAUUGUUCUUCUAUACCAUACUCUUUCUCAUUGACUAUGGGUCUCAAAUUCUUCGGCCGCAGUAACACUGCUCGCCAGUCCUCAGUUGACAGCACAGGUCGCAGACCUUCUGCAGUCGAAGCAAUGAACAACGCUCGUGGACGUCAGUCUGUCAACGAUCACGCUGUUACAGGCGCGGGAGAAAUUACCACACGCCAGUCUAUCAUCCCAGUCGCUCUUGUGACAGUUCUCUUCUUCAUGUGGGGUUUUGCAUAUGGAUUGCUAGAUGUCCUCAACAAGCACUUCCAGGAGACACUUCACAUUUCAGCCGCUCAAGCGGCAGGAUUACAAGGUGCUUACUUCGGUGCCUACUUCAUCGGACCCCUCACCUACUCUGGAUGGAUCGUUCGCAAGUUCGGAUACAGGUGGACAUUCAUCACCGGUCUCACCAUCUAUGGCAUUGGAGCUCUUCUUUUCUGGCCUAGUGGAGUGAAGCGUGCUUUUGGCGGCUUCUGCGGCGCUAUGUUCGUUGUCGGUUCCGGACUUUCGACUCUUGAGACCAGUGCCAAUCCCUUCAUUGCUACUUGUGGUCCACCAAAGUACAGCGAGCUUCGAUUGAACUUGGCCCAGAGUUUCCAGGCUAUCGGCUCGGUCGUCGCACCCAUCCUCGCGUCCUUCGUCAUCUUCAAGAACGUCCAUGGCGAGGACAGCAACUCUCUCCAGUCGGUACAAUGGGUCUAUCUCGGCAUCGCCUGCUUCGUCUUCCUCCUUGCCGUUGUCUUCUUCUUCGCCCCUAUCCCCGAGGUCACCGACGCAGAUAUUGCCUUGCAGUCUGAGCAAACCGCAGUCGAGACUGGAUUCGUCGACAAGCCCCUUCACAAGCAGUACACCUUGUUCUGGGGUACCGCCGCUCAGUUCUGCUACGUCGGUGCGCAAGUUGCCAUCGCUGGAUACUUCAUCCACUACGUCGUCGAGGCCAAGCCCUCAUUGUCCUCUGCUGACGGUGCCAACCUCCUCGCUGUUGCUCAAGGUCUUUUCGCAAUCGGUCGUUUCGUCGCAUCCUUCUGCAUGAAGUGGAUCAAGCCCCGUCUUAUCCUCCUUGCCUUCAUGACCGGCAUCAUGAUCUUCAUCUCCGCAGCCAUCGGCACCCACGGCAACGCCGCCAUCGCCAUGCUCUCCAUGGUCCUCUUCUUCGAAUCCUGUAUCUUCCCCACCAUCUUCACACUCUCCCUCCGUGGUCUCGGCCGUCACACCAAGCGCGGUGCCUCCUUCAUCGUCGCAUCCGUGUCCGGCGGUGCCGUCUUCCCCGUCAUGCUCGGUGCCGUCGCCGACGCGAAGAACACCCGCAUCGCAAUGUGCGUCCCGCUCGGAGGUUUCAUCAUCGCCUACAGCUUUCCCAUCUACCUCAACCUGUUCAAGGCGAAGGAGCUCGAUGCCUUCACCGAGGUGCGCACGGGUAUCGACGCGCCUGUCGCAUCGGACAAGGUGGUCGAUCUGUUCAAUGAGAAGGACCUGGAGUCCGGCAAGGGCCAGGUUGUCAAGGCUGAAGAGGUCCAGGCUAACAAGGUGUAAGGAGUGGCCUAGAUUGCCUGCAGGUUUUCCCCUGUGGCUGGUUUUCUGCAAACUUGAUUCCCCCCCUUCUAUGUAUAUAUGAUAUCAACACACCUUAGACUUAUAUCCCAUGCGACGUUUAUGAUAGAGUUUCAAUGGCAUGAAUAAUUAC